GAAAGUUCUUAGCUCUGCAAUAAUCCAUCAAAUUGUUGCUCUUUACAAUAAUAGACACAUUUAACAUUGUGACUGAACAGGUAUUAGAUGUUUUUAUCCAGUGUGCAUAGAUGCAUGACAAAGUCUAUUGGCAACAUACUUCCCAGUGCCAUUAAUCAAUCCAGGUCUGCGUCACAUCGUGAAAAUGCCAGAAUUGUUUUCUGUAGUUAAUUUACUUGAGGGAAUACUGGACUAACAACAAUAAGUGUUGUGCUUAACACAGACAAUGUUGAAGGAAGCUUCUAUAUUAGCACUACUGAUGGUCAGUCUGUUGAAGGCCCAGGGGGUUCAUCAGGAAGAUACUGGUGUGAAUACUGAUGAGCCAAGGUAUGAGGCAGUGAGAAGGGGUGAAGAUGGAUAUUGUAAACCACCAUGUUCAAGACGUGAUCUAUGUUGCCGUGACACACAGGAUACUGCGGUAGACACAUUCUGUGCAAGGAGACUCACUGACUCAUCAGAUGACCAAAGUUGUCGAGAUUCAAGAGUGAACACAGACACUGUUAAAAAGGGUUUAGGUCAUGGUGCUGGUGCUGCAGAUGAGCCACAAGAGAACAUUGCAUUGGUCAACCAGGAAGACAUGGGUGUAGAAACUGGUGAGCCAAGAUACGAGGCAGUGAAAAGGGGUGAAGAUGGAUAUUGUCAUCCACCAUGUUCAAGACGUGAUCUAUGUUGCCGU